AUGCGUCUAAAAUCGAUGAGUAACAACAUUGGUCGUCGUCUGAUACAUACUCAGCGACGUAGGUCACCACUAGCUUUUGCCUUCGACAUCGAUGGCGUGCUCAUCCAUGAACCCUCCGUACUUCCGGCGGCAAAGCGUGCUCUUGCAAUACUGAACGGUGAGAAUAAGCAGGGAAUGAAAAUCCCAUACAUCAUGAUGACAAAUGGAGGAGGUUCGACCGAAGUGGACCGUGUUGCGAGAUUGAGCGCAGAGCUGGGCGUUCCAGUAUAUCCAAGUCAGAUGGUUCAGUCACACACCGUACUCCGCUCGCUUUCGCACAAGUACGCUGACGAGCCGGUGCUUGUCCUGGGUGGUAUCAACGAUGCAUGUGUCGCGCGUGCCCGUAUCCCCACAGUACAUGGCCCUGCCUUCCUCCACCUUUAUCACAACAACCGUGAUGCGAAGGAGCACCUGGCCAUAGUCAUGGACCCUGCCCAGCUCUCUGCUGGACCCAUGGUUGCUCCCCCCGUCCGCAGCGCCUCCUUGGACUCGGUAUGGGACGAAGAGACGACCAUGGACCGACUCAUCCGCGGUGCAUACACCGGUCGCCUCGCCGAGGAUGUGCGGACGCCCUCUGAUCCACCAUCAGACGCCUCCAGAUUGAUGGCCUCCGCCUCCACUCUUCCUCCUCCACUCGUGCACAUUCAUUCGGAAUGCUACACUGGUGUCUCGCAGACCAUCCCCGGUCGUGGAGCAGUCAUCUACCUGCGCCAAGAAGGCCGGGGAAUUGGCCUCGCAUCCAAGCUGCGCGCAUACAAUCUCCAAGACAUGGGGCACGACACGCUUUCGGCGAACCUGGAACUCGGACAUGGUGCUGACGAAUGCACCUAUGAGGUCGAUGCGGCCAUCUUGCGCGACUUGGGUCUGAUUGAGCCCCCCGGAAGUACCCUAAACCCUAGAACGGGCAUUCGUCUCCUGACUAAUAAUCCGGCGAAAUUGCAAGCGAUGUCCGCUGCGGGCAUCAACAUCCUCGACCGCGUCGAGAUGGUCCCCCCGCAGUUGGCGAUCGCGGCGCGGGGUGUCGAUCUCGACAAGUAUAUCAAGGCUAAGGUCGAGAAGAUGGGCCACAUGCUGUCCGUGCCUAUAAGCGUUAGGAACCGAGGAGACAACGCAAAGUAG